GCUUGCUUCUCCCUCUCCCACUCCUAUGCUUGUAUUCCCUCUCUUGCCAUCUUUCUCUAUCAAUCAAUAAAUAAAAUCUUAAAUAAAAAGAAUCUGAUUAUCCCUAAGAAGUGGUAUAAUUUAAUUGACUAGUUCAAAUAGAUUUGAAUAAUUGCAUAGAUUAAAUAAUGGCUUAGAUCAGUGAUUCUCAAACAUGGCUGCACAGUUGAGUCACCCAAGGAACUGUUGAAAAGAAACAAAGCCUGGCCACUCCCCAUACACUUAAGUCAGCAUCUCUCAGAGAAGGAUGGCAUGGGACCCAGGUCUCAUAAUUUAUUAAUAUACCUGGCAUUUCCAGUGUUCAGUUGGGGCUGAAAACCACUUGUUUAGAUAAAGGUUUGAGUAAGUUUUCAAAAGUGGGGGUAAAGGGAAAUUAAGAUGACGUGAUACUAAUUGCAGGCUUGUUGUAUUUUAUGUAAUCCUAAGUGGGAGUUAAUGGAAUGGACCUUAGAUACUUACAUAAAGUAGAGGCUGUACUGUAGUUGUUUUUAAAAUAAGAUCCGAUUGAAAAUUUACUGGUGGCCAGAAUUUCCUGCUUUGUUAGACAACCUGAUCUAUUUCCAGGUGUCAUAUUAUUAUAUUGACUUGUAGUAGAUUUUUUUGUGACUACACUCAUUACUCCUCUAAUUCUGCCCUCUGGCACAAUGCAAAAUAAAUAUCCCUGUUCCACAGGACCUGUAGACACAUGAAAACCAUUCUCUUGGUUCCAUAAAGUAAUUUCUUAUAUAGUUUAACAUCCCUCGUUAUUUCAGCCUUUAUUCAUGUGACACUGAAAAGUAAGUUCCGGGAAAGGUUAAGAAACCUCCUAGUAAGUAUUGGAGCAGGAACUGGAAUCUGGGGAGGCUGGCUGCAGAAUCCAUGCUGUUAGCCACGGUUGGAAAUACACACUUGACGGUGAGGAGCAAGCUUGGGAUAGAAGACAGUGUUCUCCUCACUGUAGCUGAAACAUAGUUCUGUUGUGUGCCUGGCAGUGGGAUAGACAGUGGGGAUAAAACAAGUAGGUAUACUGUGUGUCCUGAAAGUGCCCGGGGCGGGGGGGGGGGUGUUUGAAAAUGGAGACCGAGAGAUGCAGCGAGGGGAAACCUACAUGAAAGUUUAUCAUCAUUGUGUAAAUCAUAGAGAAUACUGAGAACCAAGAUAUACAGAGGGAAGCUAGGUGAGGAAGGAAACCAAGUAAAUAAAGAGCUUCAAGAACAAUCAAAGGGCCUACAGUAUCCUCUGUAUUAGAUGUCAUUGGUGAAAACCGUUUUAGUGGUGUGGCAGGGCAGAAGCCGUACUGCUUUUAUUCAUGUAAAUUUGCAUAGAACUGAGAUGGAAAUCCAUAAGAUCUCCAGAAGACAAAGGGGAAAACAAUAGAAAAGAAAACAGAUUCAAAAGAACUGUAAAUAUAAGCAUGGGAAAUACUCAAGCUUGGUAUUCAAAAGGUGGAAAUUAAAAAUACAAUCUAAAUUUAAAACAACUUAAAAAUGCAAUGUUUAUAGACUUCUGUUUCUGGCCAACAUGGAAUAACAGGGACAACGGCAACAACAACAACAGACAGAAAAAAUACAUGAAACAAUUGUUCUAAGACCCUGGACAUCAGAUGACAAAGGACAGUCAUCCCUGGGAGAUGGAAAAUCAACGAGGUAAGCCUUCUGAUUGCUCCGGUUUAUUGCCUUGAGAGGGUUUCCCGUUUACAGCAGAGGAAGGUGAAACUGAGGUGGAGCCCAGCAGACUUCCUGAAUCAAGGAUGGAUCUGAGAAGCUGAUCUGGGGAGAGCAAAGCAGCUGGAGUUCGUAGGACAGACCACCAGAGAGGAGAGGUCUGCAGAGGGUCUCCCACAAGUACUCAAGAGCACAGAGCAGCACAUAUGUGUGAGGAAACUCUACAAGGCCAGGGAAAGAAUCCUCUACAGGGCUGGAGGGAAUAGUCCUGAUAUUUGCAUGGGGAAUACUGCCUAUUACCACUAGCCAGACUGGAAAACUCUUGUAAUUCCUGGAACAUGGGAGUGGAACUAUUUAUGUAAAGCACUGAAAGGAAAAUUAACUGUACUUAGAAUUCUAAAUUCAGCAAAAGUAUAUUUCAAAGACAAAGUCAAGACGACAGAAUGGGAGAAAAUAUUUGGAAAUUAUAUAUCUGAUAAGGGUUUAAUGUAUAUAAGAUACAUAAAUACACGUAUGUGCUCACACGUAGAAUAUGUGAAGAACUACAACUCAAUAACAAAAGCACAAACUAUCCAAUUUAAAAAUGGGCAAAGGACUUGAACAGACAUUUCUCCAAGGAGGAUAUGCAAAUGCUACUAAGACCAUGAAAAUAAUGUAAAUCAAAACUACCAUGAAAUACCACUUCACACCAACUAGGAUGGCUAUAAUAAUUUGAAAAAUGGAAUAACAAGUUUUGGCAAGCAUGUGGGGAAAUUGGAUCUCAGCAUCACAACUCACAGUGACACUGCCACUGUGGAAAACAGUUGUGGGUCCUCAAAAAGUUAAACAUACAAUUACCAUAUGACCCAGCACUUCCCACUUCUAAGUAUAGCCUGGAAGGAAUUGAAAGCAGGGACUCAAGCUGGUACUUGUAUGCCAGUGUUCACAGCAGCAUGUGCACAAGAGCCAGUAGAUGGAAACAACCCAGGGGUCCAUCAGCAGAUGGAGGGACAAGCAGGAUGUGGUCUCUCCAUACAAUGGAAUAUUAUUUGGCCAUUAGAAGGAAUGAAGUUCUGAUUCAUGCUACAGCAUGGAUGUACCUUGAAGACAUGAUGUGGAGUCACAUAAGCUAGACACAAAAGGACAAACAUUGUAUGAUUCCAUUUAUAUGCAUUUUCAAGAAUUGGCAAAUUCAGAGAGACAAAGUAGAUUAUAGGUUAUUGGCGUCUGAGAGGAUCCAGGAGUGGGGAGUUUGGUUAAUGUUUCAGAGUUUCCAUUGGGGUGAUGAGAAAGUUCUGGAAUUAUUAGUGAUGGUUGUACACUAUUGUGAAUGUAAUUAAUGCCACUGAGUUGUACGCUUAACAAUAAGAUAGCAAAGGUAAUUUUUUACUACAAUUUUAAAGAUAAUAUAAUUGCCAAAAACCAUUGGAUUGUAUUGAGUGGGUGAAUUGUAUGGUAUGUGAAUUAUAUCUUAGUAAACCUGUUUGGGAAAAAAAAAGGCAAAAUGAAGACACUGUCAGACUUAAAAAGCUAAAAGAAUUCAUUAUCAGCAGACCCACAUUGCAGGAAAUGUUAAGAGAUGGCCUUCAGGGAGAAAGGAAAUGAAACCAAGUGGAAAUCUGGAUCUACAGGAAAGAAUGAAAAGCAGUGGCAAUGGUAACUACGUAGGUAAAUAUAUGAUAUUUUUCUUUAUUGUUUAAUGAUAAUACCUAUUGCUGGGUAACAAACUAUCACAAACUUAGUAGCUUCAAACAGCACUCACUCACUAGCUCACAAGUCUGUAGGUGGAAGUCUGAGCCUCUCUGGCUGGGUUUUCUGCUCAGAUAUGCAACAUCUGCUUUCAAGGUGUUGGCUGCCCUGGGUUCUCAUUUGGAGGCUCUGAUUGUUGGCAGAAUUCAGUUGCUUGUGGCUGUGGGACCAUGAUAGGACUGGCUGUCAGCUGGGUGUUGCUCUUGGCUCCCAGAGACCGCCCCCAUUCCUUGCCCUGUGACACCAUCCACCUGCAGGCCAGUAAUGGCGCAUCACAUGUUUCUUGUGCUUCCAAUCUCUGACUCCCAUUUCUGGUCAGCUGGAGAAGACACUUGUUUUCUUAUCUGUAAAGUAAGGGUGUUCGAUUGAGGCAGGUUUUGUGUCUUGGCUUGUUUUUCUCAAAGAUUUGUAGCAGCAGAACCAUUAAAUUGCAAAUGAGAUUUUGCAUGGACCUCUAGAGACUAGGGGGGAAAUGGCAAUCUAUAUAGUUCUUCAUACUCCUGGGAAUUUCAGACCUUGUAGAUGUAUUUUUGGACUAUCUCUGAUGUUCCUCGUUGUGUGGUGGGUAUUGCAUUAUACCCAGCCAGGUGUAAGGGAGUCUAGGUUGAUGAUUUAUAAAACCUCCCUGUCACAGGCGCCUUCCCUCAUGAUUCUUUCUUUUCUCCAGCUUCCUCUUCUCAGGAUCUCCGUUACUCAAAAAAGCAUCAUCAAGAACAAGAAGGGGAUGGAAGCCGAGUCAGCACCUGCCGGGUCCCAUACACUGGUGACCUUCAGGGAUAUACUUGUGAACUUCACCAGGGAAGAGUGGAAGCUGCUGGACUCUGCUCAGCAGAUCAUGUACAAAGAUGUGAUGCUGGAGAACUAUAAGAACCUGGUUUCCUUGGGUAAGACUAACUUCUGUUCUCAGAGAUACCCCCUGCGACGAUUUUGCUUCUUCAUUGAUCAAAAGGGCAUCAGCUUCCUAAACCACACGUGAUCCUCCAGUUGGAGAAAGGGGAAGAGCCGUGGCUGGUGGAGAGAGGGAUUCACCGGGAGACCCAGCCAGAUUUGGAGACUGCAGUUGAAAUUAAAUCAAUUUCCAGUAAGAGCAUUUCUAAAAAUAAACAGUCCUGUGGCAUUAAAAUGGAAGGAAUUGCAAAGAAUGAUCUCUGGUACUUGUCAUUAGAAGAAGUCUGGAGAUGUGAAGACCAGUUGGACAAGUAUCAGGAAAACCAGGAGAGACAUUUGAGGCAAGUGGCAUUCACCCAAAAGAAAGUACUUACUCAGGAGAGAGUCUGUGAAAAUGGUAAAUAUGGGGGAAACUGUCUUCUUCCUCCUCAGCUGGUACUGAGAGAAUAUUUCCACAAACAUGACUCACAUACUAAAGGUUUAAAACAGAAUUUAGUUUUUAGCGGUCAUCAGGAAAGCUAUGCAGGUAGCAGUGAAUGUGGUCCAACCUUCUGUCAAAACAUUCACCUUAUUCAGUUUGCAAGAACCCAGCCAGGAGAUAAGUCCUACAAAUGCCCUGAUCCUGUGAACUCUCUUACCGGUGGUACAUCCCUUGGUAUAUCAAAGGGUGUACAUAGGGAGAAACCCUAUGAAUGUAAGGAGUGUGGAAAAUUCUUCAGCUGGCGCUCUAAUCUUACCAGGCACCGUCUUAUUCAUACUGGAGAAAAACCUUAUGAGUGUAAAGAAUGUGGAAAAUCUUUCAGCCGGAGUUCUCACCUCAUUGGACAUCAGAAGACUCACACUGGUGAAGAACCCUAUGAAUGUAAAGAGUGUGGAAAGUCCUUCAGCUGGUUUUCUCACCUUGUCACGCAUCAGAGAACUCACACAGGAGACAAACUGUACACAUGUAGCCAGUGUGGGAAAUCUUUUGUUCACAGUUCCAGGCUUAUUAGGCACCAGAGAACUCAUACUGGAGAGAAACCUUAUGAAUGUCCUGAGUGUGGGAAGUCUUUCAGACAGAGCACACAUCUCAUUCUGCAUCAGAGAACUCACGUGAGAGUGAGGCCCUAUGAAUGUAAUGAGUGUGGGAAAUCUUAUAGCCAGAGAUCUCACCUUGUGGUGCACCACAGAACUCACACGGGACUGAAGCCCUUCGAGUGUAAAGACUGUGGAAAAUGCUUCAGUAGAAGCUCUCACCUGUUCUCCCAUCAGAGAACCCACACUGGAGAGAAACCAUAUGAAUGCCACGAUUGCGGGAAAUCUUUCAGCCAGAGUUCUGCCCUCAUUGUGCAUCAAAGAAUUCAUACUGGAGAAAAGCCAUAUGAAUGUUGCCAGUGUGGAAAAGCCUUCAUCCGGAAGAACGACCUUAUUAAGCAUCAGAGGGUUCAUGUUGGGGAAGAGACCUAUAAGUGUAAUCAGUGUGGGAUUAUCUUCAGCCAGAACUCUCCACUGAUCGUACAUCAGAUAGCCCACACUGGAGAGCAGUUCUCAACAUGUAACCAGUGUGGGGCAGCGCUCGUCAGUAGCCCUAACCUUGUUCGAUACCAGACCAGUCAUAUUAGAGGAAAUGCUUAUUAGUAUAGUGAAUGUGGAGAGUUCUUUACAAAGAGCAAUAACUUUAUUUUGCAUUGGAAACUCUGGGAAGAAGCUGUGUAGAUGUAAUCUGUGCAGAAAUGCUGUCAGUCUUGUUAUCCUUUUGUGCACUAGAGAACUGGUCCUAGAAGGGGAAAUAACCCACAGAUUUCAUUUUAGUACACAAAUACAUUAGCCUUUCUUUCCACAAAUUCCUACAAAAGCAGUUGUCUUUGGAGCAUUCUUUUUUUUUUUUUUUUAAAAGAUUUUAUUUUUAUUUAUUUGACAGAGAUCACAGGUAGGCAGAGAGGCAGGCAGAGAGAAAGGGAAGCA